UUCUGUCAACUCGCGUGUGUGUGUGCUGUGCGCACCACGUGAAGUGGCACAAACUAAAACUUUUUUCCUAUCCACUCACUUGUUCUCGCAAUUUUAUCGUCCUAAAGAGAUCACAAACUUUUUGCUCAAAAGAAACGAUUAAGAAAAAGGAUGCCCCUUGUCUACAAUAAAUUGCUCUUGUUGGAUCCUUUGUCUCUCACAUUAUCUUUAGUACUCACUAACUACUACUCUCCCUCUCUCAUAAUUCAAUCCUCAUGCUUAUAAGGUAUUGUUGUCUAUGUGCUGUCAUUCUCACACAGUACCACAACUUUGCUCUCGCAAGCCAGUUGUACUGUGGCACCACUCUCUCGUAAGCAUACACAUACGGUGGUGCAUCAUAAACGUAGCCGUGUCCCUCUCACUCACUCACUCACCCUAGGUGAAAGUAAAAGACAUAGUACUAGUAUUAAUUAGUAGCACUUGGUUGUCUUUCUCAUCAAAUUAUGUUAUGUUUUCGUUUACUUGCAGGGAACAGGCAAAACAAAAAUGAAAGGAUGGAAAACGAUAGAAUUAAUAGCUGCUCUUUCUUUUUCAAUAGGAAGAGAGAGCUAUAGUGAACAUGUCGUUCUCAGGCAUUGAAAGUCCCAACCAAUUACCAGUUCCACCUUGAAGGGUAGGGUUAGUUUGGUGCAGUCCCAAGCUUAAUAUUAAUUCCAGAUAUGUAUCCCUCAAAUACCUCCCUCAACGGCAAUGACCUAAUCUCCUACCCUAACCAACCAUUUUGCUUUAGGCCUUUUUCCUUUGAAAGCAACCCAACUAAUUCUUCAAAAGAAGAAACCACCAAUUCCAAUUACAAUUACGCCCUCCCUCCUCCUCCUUUGUCCUUUUUCCAAUCUCCCUUUGACGAAAAUAUCUUCCUCGAACACCACCAUGACUUGCUCUUACUCCACCAGUCUCCAGCUGAUCCUGGACUCAUCAAAAACCUUGACGUUGUGGCCGAACUCGAACCGGUUCCUUGCGCCGGACACGGCGGCGCCACCGCGAUGGAGCACACUCCAAGGAAGAGAUCUUGCAAGAGAGACCGGCACAGCAAGAUCAACACUGCACGAGGACUGAGGGAUCGACGAAUGAGGUUGUCCCUCGAAGUUGCAAAGAGGUUUUUCGGCUUGCAAGACAUGCUAGGCUUUGACAAGGCCAGCAAAACCGUGGAGUGGCUACUAAACCAAGCAAAGGUUGAGAUCAAACAACUUGCGAGAGAGAAAAGCAGUGUUGGUGGUGCCAAGAGUGCAUCAUCAACUUCGGAAUGCGAAGGGGUGUCUAGCUUGGACGAGGUUGUAGUGAGUGGAGAAGGAGAACUUAACGAGGAGCAAGAAGGGGCCAAGAGAAGAACAAGCAAGGUUUGUAGAAAGAGUGCAUUCAAUCUUAUUGGUAAGGAAUCGAGGGAAAAGGCAAGAGCAAGAGCGAGAGAAAGAACAAGAGAGAAGAUGAGAACUCGGAGAGUGUUGGCUGAAGCAUCAAACCUGAACCGUUUCAGUUCUAAUUGGAACCCCUUUGAAACGGUUGAAGACUCUGCGGGUACUCAGAGCCAAAGCGUGAACCAUCCCACCUUGAAUUUGCACCUUCCUGAGCCUGAAGAACCAAGUUCUCACGCAAAGGAGCAUUUGGGAACCGUAGAGGACAUGGCUCAUCAUGAAGAUAAUUCUUUGGUGAUCAUGAACAAGUGGAGUCCAACUACUAUGAUCUUCAAUUCUCUCAGCAACUCUGGAAUCCUUCACGAACAUCAAUUUGCAGAAUUUCAGUCAUUGGGAAAACCUUGGGAAGCCUACAACAAUCACAUCUAGCUAAUAUUUGUGCUCAUCAUCAAUUGCACCCAUCAUGUUUUUGUGUCAGCAGAAUAAAAUACAAUCAUGCUAUGUAUUUCUUUACUUUCCUUUUGGCAUGUAAUGCGCUAAGGUAUCUUCCAUCUACUAGCUAGCAUAUGGGAAACAACAUUUCAUGAAUGCUUGUAUGUCAU